GAGGCUCGGGGGACGGAGAGGCUCGCCGGUUCCUCCGCCUAGAAGCCCGCCUAGCAGCCCAUGCCCCCCGGCGCCUCUCUCCAGCCCAGCCCCGCUGCCCGCCGCUCCCUCUGAAAGCCCAGCCCUUUGCGAUCCCGCCGAAGGAGCGCCUCGCCCGCCCCUCGCCCACCGCCCCCCCAGUCCGCCCUUCACCUUCCCAGCAACAUGAGCCCCGCAGUGUCCUGGGCUCUCCUCCUCCUCGCCGCGCAAGCAAUGUCACUUCCAGUAACAAAUCCAACAGCUAAAGAUGACACCAAGGUGAUGAAGUGCAUUGUAGAAGUCAUCUCUGAUACAGUGUCAAAGCCAAAUCCACUCCCAAUCAGCCAGGAAUGCCUAGAAAUCCUUCAAGGAGAUGAAAGAAUCCGUUCCAUUCUUCGUCAUCAAAACUUACUAAAGGAGUUGCAGGAGAUUGCAGUCCAAGGAGCCAACAAAAGGACAGAACAGCAGAAGAAAAACAGCGGUUUUGAAGAUGAGCUUUCUGAAGUCCUUGAAAGCCAAGGCAACAAGAACACAGAAAGAGAUCUAUCAGAGGAGAUCCUUAAUGAGGAGCCCACCACCUCUUUUGCUGAGCUAGGGCCAGAGAGAAGUCAGAUGGACAGUGAAAGAGACAUUUCAAAAGAGGACAAGAGGGACAGCAUGGAAGAGAGAGAGACCGGAGCUCGAGAGACUGACCCUAAAGAGAGAAAGGAGAGUGCUGCGCGAUUUGAAAGCAAUGAAGUUGGUGAGACGGAUGAAUUGCCUUGGGAGGAUGCUGUUGACAAUCAUAUCCGUGAUGACUUUGGAGACGAUGGGAUACAUGAGGAGGGUGAAGAGCCUGCAGAGAAAGAGGAAGCAGAUGAGUUUGCGGAGAAGGAUCCAAUUUCUAAGAACCGUCAAGAGGAGAGCAAUGAAGAAGUAGAAGACAGUGUCCAAGACCGUGCUGAAGACGAAGAGGAGGAGGAGGAGCAGGAGGAGGAAGAAGAAGAAGAAGAAGAGAGAGGGACCUCUGAAGAGGAACAUACUGCUAAUUCAGAUGAUGAGGACGAUGAAAAGGGAGACGAAAAUGAAGGCACUAAGAGUUUUGAAAAGGAUGACAAGCUCUUGGAAGAGAAAGAGGAAUACCACAGCGAGAAAGGAGGGAAGCGUGACUCCCCACAGGCCGAAGACCCUUUCCAUGCCAGAGAUGCUGAAAGCAAAGAAAUGAAAGAGGAGCCCUCCAAAGAUUUAGAAGAUGCCAAGAGAUGGAACAAAAUGGAUGAACUGGCCAAGCAACUGACCACAACAAAGCGUACAGAGGAAAAUGAAAGCAGCGAAGACCCAGAUCGGUCCAUGAAAUUGGCUUUCCAGUCUCACAAGCAUGACUUCCAUAACCCUGAAGAUGAGAUAAGGAAGCCUCAAGAGCAUCACUCGAAAGAGGACACGAGUGAAGGAGGCUUUCCUCUUCCUGCUAUGCCUGAGGAGAAAAAAGAUGAAGAAGGCAGUGCUAACAGAAGAACAGAGGACCAAGAGUUGGAAAGCCUGGCAGCAAUUGAAGCCGAGCUCGAGAAAGUGGCUCAGAAGCUGCAUGCCCUACGGAGAGGUUGAAACUUUUAAACAAUGCGUGACUUGAGCCAAAAAAAAAGCAAGAAGUUAACUCACCCUUUGAAAACUCUGCAAUUUAUUUUAUUAAUUUUUUUUAAAAAGAAGUAAUAAUGAAGCAGGUGCAUUUGGCAUAGGAAGCCGAUUAUCAGUAGAAAACAGACUUUUUUUCUUUGUGUGUCUACCGUAGUCCUGCGCUUCAUCUGCUUGGCAUUUGAUUUUGUGCUCCCUUUAUUGGCUAUCUGUUUUCUCCUGUAACUUUUGAAUUACAGCAACAGUGUGACUUACUCAUGUAUUUUCUGUUGAAGAAAAAAGAGGGGCUAGAUUUGGGGUCCCCCCCAUUUUCAUUUUUUUUAAAAAAAAAUUAAAAGCCAUGACAGCUUUCUAGAAUGUUUUACUUAUACUAUUAGGUUUACUGGGUAAAAUAACAUGCAAUAACUUGUUAAUGUUUUGAUUAAAAAAUGAUGAGAGAACACUGUCUAUAAUAUAUUCUAUACAGAAAUUAAGGACAACAAUAAAAAUACAAUUUUGGGCUC